AUGUAUUCUUCCACCACAGCGACUCUAUCAGCCCUCCUAAUAUCAUGCCUCUCACUCUCGGGACUGGCUACGACACAUACUCAUCAGUUUCAUACCUCGACUUAUAAGCUACCAAACUACUGGGUUCCAAGUGCAAAUCAGAAAACUCAGAACGUGCUGAAUCUCAAACACAAACCGGAUGCGAAGCCUCACAACCAGGGCUACCUGCAAGCAUUGAGGAAUGGAAGUCAAGUGAACGGUGUGUUUGGUUACGAAGAGGUGGAUGUGACAGCGAAUGGCCUAGUCUUCGCGACCGAGGUGGAUAUCGGAGGCACGACGUAUGAGCUGGUCGUCGACACAGGCAGCAGCGAUACUUGGCUACCUAAGUCAAACUACCAAUGCUCGAGGCCUGGCACGGGCGAUAUCCUCCCCCAAUCAUCCUGCCAAUUGGCGUCCACUUACACACAAUCUUCCACCUUCUACGCCCUCAACAAUCUCAAUUUCUUCACGCAAUACACGGAUGGUGAAACUCUGCGAGGAACAUUCGGAGUUGACCAAGUCACGGUCGCUGGCAUCAAGGUCAAGAACCAACAAAUUGCUCUUGUGGACAAUGCAGCGUGGAAUGGUGACGGCUCUACCUCUGGCCUUCUUGGCCUUGCAUUUCCAGCCGCAACGAAAGCCUUUACUGGAGCCGAUUACCGUCUGGACACACCCGCAACUCAAAAGAUCUACAAUCCCGUCUUCACAAACAUGUACACCGAAGGCCAUGUUGCUCCCCUCUUUUCCAUCGCAUUGGACAGAAAUUACGGCGGCCAACUUGCCAUUGGCGGCUUGCCACCAGUCGCGUACCUCCCCAUCUUCGCUUCGUCACCCUUCCAACUACUCACCACGUCCAACACCGAUCAAGUAGGCACCGCCUCCUCCUCAGCCUACACCCUCUACACAAUCACUACUGAGGGAUUUGACUACGAAGGCGCUUCGACUGCGCAAUGGUCAUACACAAACUUCCCGAACCCGUUCGACGAGCCAAGUGAUCAUACGCAGGUGCAAGUCAUCAUCGACACUGCGACGUCGAACCUCUUCCUCCCUGCCGGCACUGCCGACGCAAUCAAUAAGCUUUUCUCCCCUGCCCCUCUUUACAAGACGACCGAUGGCUUUUAUGUCGUGAAUUGUAACGCCAAACCACCCCAAUUCGGAGUCAAAAUCGGAUUCGAGACAUUCUACAUCAACAGCAAGGAUAUGAUAAUAAACCUGGGCAAUGGGAAGUGUGUGAGUGGUGUGGCUGCCAGUGCGACUGGUGGUGCUAGCAUUUUGGGUCAUACAUUUUUGAAGAACGUGCUCGCUAUAUUCGAUGUUGGUGCACAGAUGAUGAGAUUUGCAGCAAGGAGCAACUACUAG